AUGGCAUCAUCAAUCUCGACCCGCUGGGCAUGUGAGUUCAAGCGCCUGCCCAUGCGAAGGACGUCGCUGUUUCUUUGGAGUCAAGAUCCCGCCAAGGCUGGGCAUGUGAGUUCAAGGGCCUGCCCAUGCGAAGGACGUCGCUGUUUCUUGGGAGUCAAGAUCCCGCCAAGGAUGGACGACGAUUUGCCGGACGACUUCCAGGAGCACUUCUCCAGCGAGACGCAGGCUGAUGCACGGCACGCACGUUGCGUCAGUGGUCGCCACACAGAAAAGCCUUUUGUGGCAGCUGGAUGGCGAAACGUUUAUUCCUAUGGGCCACGAGGCAACUUUGCAUCAGGUGGUGAAGGAGUUUGCUGA